GAGAGAGAAUGAGAGGAAGAGAGGGGACAUGAGGGUAAAUAAACAAAACGCCCAUAGAACACAUUGAUCCUCUCCACGUGAUGCCACAUUCAUCACUGGGCAAUGGGGCCAGAGAGAGAGAGAAGGGGGCAAAACGAGAGAAAGGGAGAUGUAUAUGCUUUUGUGAAGGCUGGAUUCUAACAGAGAGGUACUAUCGGGAUUGUUAGAAGAAGAGAAAAUAUGAUGCAAGGAGAUGAGCAAACCAUGACAGAGUGUUCAUAUCUGGGUAGACAGUUCCUUCAAAACAGAAACCAUGAUUUGCUUGAUGUUGCAGGUCUCCACAGUUCAACAUGACUAAAAGGAAUUCAAAACUUAAAUGGUUACUUCUCAUCCACCUCUUACUGUCUGAUGUGGUUUUUGGCAGAGCUCCACUCCCUCAAAGAAACCUGAGGCCUUCUGUCACUUCAGUGUCUCAAACAGAGCAAGUAGAAUCACAUGUUAUUGAAAAUGAUCUUGCUGCCGCCCAUCGCUUGGUCUCAAACCUCUCAGCCUCUCUACAAGGUCAGCUGGAUUUCCAGUGCAAUGCAAGCUGUGCAGAGCUCUCUAAUGGAGGCUGGAGUGGAAAGGGUUUCUCUCAGGAGCUAUUAGGGUUGGCAAUUGUGCCAGUUCUGGUGUCAGCAGGGUGUUUGUUUGAAGCCCAAGCCCUAGUAAUGCAACUCUAUGAGGUGCUGGGGCAAAAUGAUACACAUGAAUUUUUAGAGGACAUUCUAGCAUUGAUCAAGAGAGGUAAAGAGAGAGAUUCAGCACAUAUGGUCCAUCACAAUGAUUUCCAAACCCCUUCUAUGCUGAACUCUGAGUCUCAACGCCACCUACAGGCUGUAAUAUUUAAUAUUAAUCAGCUAGCUGAGGUGGGUGAGAAAGAUGAAAAGGGUAAAGUUGGGCCUAGUGGGCAUUGCAAUGGAUGGGUAAGAGUGAAAGGCACUCGGUUUCUUGGACAGGCCGCAGAACAGAGUAAGCCAUUGUGUCUUGAAGAAGCACAGCAGGCUUGUGGAAGAUUGGGAUUCCAAUGUGCAGGUGUGACCCAGGACGGCGACUCUGGAUAUUAUCACGUUAUCUUGAGGCCUGGAAGCCGUGUGGUGCCUUCAUCUAACUCAGAGAGCUGGAUUCACAAUUGCAAAGUGGGGUCUGUCCGUUGGCGCAGAAAUGGGAUCCCUCAGCAUCACUGUGUAAAUGAAAAAGAGGAGCGAGUGUAUACAGUAGUGGAGUGGAUUCCGGCAGUCUCCACGCUGUAUAAUCUGGGAACAGCUGUUUAUUAUGCAUCUGUUAGCUGCUAUGACACGGCAAAAGAGAGAGCCAUCUUCAGCACUGUGGAUCUGGGCACAGACGCCCUCAUGGCCGUAACAGGGGGAACCGCUGGGGUUGCUGGUUAUGCGUUGGGGGCUGGUUUAAAAACAGGUGUGAAGGCUGGGAUUAAAUAUCUGCUGAACAGCAUGAAAGAGGAAGAUGACCUGGUAAUGAACCAGAACAGCUGGGAGGAUGGAACUCUUACUGUCCAGUAAAAAACCAAGGAGAACAAGAACAACAGCUGCAUUGCUCCAGGGCCUCAAGGUUUUUUUCACUUGUGGUGAACGAUGUGUAGAAUGCUCUAUUUCUGCAUGUUCAGUCAUAAUAACUAUGUUCAGUUAUACAUACCUUAAAGGGUUACUCCACCCCAUAAUGACAAUUUUGUCAUUAAUCACUUACUCCCAUGUUGUUCCAAACCUGUAAAAGCUUUAUUCGUCUUCAGAACACAAUUUAAGAUAUUUUGGAUGAAAACUGGGAGGCGUGUAACUGUCCCAUCGACUGCCAUUACACUAACCGCAUUUCCAUUACAGAUUUGCACAAAACUUUAGUGAUACUUUAUAAAUGAAAUAUACAUGUAAAAAAAAAUAUUGUGAAGCUACUGUGCUUCCAUUAACCAAUAUUAUGUGACUAAAAUGUAACCUUUUGCCUCUCGCGAUAAGUCAUAGCAGCAGGAUAGAUUGGAUAUAUUUCUUCAAAGGAGGAAUAUGCUUGUAUCUUUAUGUAGCAUGGAUAGCCCCUUCAUAAAUGUGCGUGGUGUGGCUGGUAUAAACACAAGCAUCGACUAGAGUGACCGCAAUCAGCUUCAGUGACCGUAUGAGAGCCGCAAUGCACCACAAAACCACCUCAGGUGAGCGUAUUAACUGUUUCCUGGUUUUCAUCCAAAAUAUAUUUCAUUGUGUUCAGAAGAUGAAUGAAGCUUUUACAAGUUUAAGUGAUUAAUGAGAACAUUUUCAUUUUGCUGUGGAGUAACCCUUUAAUAUCCAAAAGUUGUUUAAUGACAUCAGCAGAAAGUGACAUUAUUUUUGAGUGGGAAAAAAAUAACAGCCCAGCAUGAACAUUCUUUUUUUCCCAAGUAACAUUCCAUAUGGACAAGGUUAUAUAACUCUGUAUGAUAUUUAGAUUUUUAUAUAUUCUACUAUUAUAAUAUGAUAUAAUGUAUCAUAAGUGUUUCAGACGACACAAUUUUUAUGCAUUAUACUUAUUUUUCUUGUUUCCUAAGAUUGAGUGUUUUUUUUUUUCUUAAAGUCUGGUAUUUAUAGAAAUACAAUUAUUUGACCAGUUGUCACUUAUAACAUAGCUACUCAAGAUUUACAGAGUCAUCUGAGACUGACUCAUGUUACCCAUGGGUAAUAUUUAACUGUUUUAGGCCUUGAGUGGGAGGAGCUACUAGAACUCAAGAAUACUAGAAUACAAGAUAAACAGAAUAGGCAGCAUAAAACCAAACUUUAUGACUUUAUACGUGUAAUUGAUGUAUAACAGUUUCAAGUAAAAAUAGAAAUGUUUUUCAGUAUUUCA